CUCUCUCUCACCGCUCUCUCGUUUGCGACCUGACACGAUGGCGGAGAAGAAAAUGCUGUCCCCGGAAGAUCUCCGGUAUCAGUUUCAGAAAAUGCAGGCCUUUCAUGACCAGAUUAGCCAGGAUCUGCAAGUCAUUGCACAGUCGAUUGGAAACUUCAAAUUGGUCCAGGCCAAGUACAUUUCGGCCAAGGAAUCUCUCAAGUCAGUGGAGCCUGAGGCAGCUGGCAAGGAGAUGAUGGUGCCCAUCACGGAGAGCUUGUAUGUGAACAGCAAGGUCAAAGGCGAUGGCAAGGUUGUUAUUGAGCUGGGUACCGGUUAUUUUGUGGAGAAGACGAUUUCGCGCGCCCGCGAGUUCUUUGAUCGUAAAAUCGACUUUGUGACCAAGCGCAUGAGUGAGCUGCAAAAUGUGGCUCGUGGCAAGAACGCGGAGAAGCGCGAGCUGGAGGGACAGCUACAGCAAGUGGUACAAAUCCUGCAGCAGUUCUCUUCCGCACAGGCCCCGGGCGAGAGCAGCGCCGGAUCGGCUUAAGAACGGGUGAUUGAAUGCAAGCUUGAAAGAGAGACAGAGUCUCCUUCUUUCCUUG